CCUUUAAAAACGUUGUUUAGCUUUUUACAUGGAAAUAAUUACAGCGAUAUAAGAGAUUUAAAUUGACGUAGCUCAGUGGACCAGCGGACCAGCACCGGGAGAAGGCCGCGGUUUAUUAACACCGUCGACUAUCUGACAAGUUGGCUUUAAAUGAAAGAUGUCUUCCUUUUCUUCAGUUUAUAAAACCCCCCAGCCCAGAGAACACAGCCGUGACCCCGUCGGACUGAUUUUAAGCCAAGGUAGAUGUUUGACCCUUGAUCAGGGGCAGACGCUGGACCCUGAGCUAGGCCUGAUGGAGUCGACGGAGGUUGAAUAUGCACACCUGCAGCACUUUCUUCAAGCACACAUGGAGACACAGGCUGGGCCUCCAGACUGGCCUGAUGCCAGACCUCACCCCCCUGCUGCUGAGAUGGCUAAAGAUGCCCUUGUGUCCACAGUAACCUCUCCCUCCACAACCACUCAGGCUAUCGACCUGUCUACGUCAAGCGACGACCACUGUCUGGUGGUAGCGGGAGAAAAGACGCCACCUUCUUAUGGAGAGAUCCCAGGUUUUGUGCUGUCCAGGAUCAGAUAUGAGGAAAGUCCAGCCGAACCGCCUGCCAAAGCGAGCACAUCUCCGAAGAGAUCCAGGUCGGCUGCUAGAGUUUGCUUGGAGAAAAGAUUUAAUACUAUGUCUGCUGAUGCCUCAAGACAGCAAGAUAUUCAGUCUGCAGUCCUCACCAAUUUUUUGACCAUACUUCAGCAGUCAGCAGAGGCUCAGGAUGCCACCAUACACCCUCCAAAGCAAAAGUGGAUUAAAGCCGACAGAGCAAAUCCCUUUGAGGUCCCAAGCUCGUAUCUGUCAGGUGUUUAUGACCCAGUCACCAACAUGUGUGGUAAGGUCAUUGCUCAUGUGGUGGAACCUGCGAAGCAUCAGGCUUUAAUCCUCCCCAGCUUUUCAUUUAACUUUCACCCAGAGGCAGGUGCUAUGAAAGUUAACUGUACUAGUAGCAGCAACCCAGCAGAAGAGCAUCAGUUGGUGAACACCGGAAAGGUGGGGACGACUGCUGCCUCCAGGAAUCAGUGCAGCACCCACUGCUCUCAGCCUGCCAAGGCUGCUAAAGCUGCCCCAGACUCAGCCAGAGAAUCCCAGAGCAGGGCCAGGAUAAGACCUCAGUCUUGUAUGACUCUCAGCCAGCGCAAGGAGAGGCACAACAGCAAAGAGAGGGAGCGCAGAAAGAGGAUUCGUUGGUGCUGUGAUGAGCUGAACACGAUGGUGCCGUUCUGUGACUCGGACACUGACAAAGUCACCACCCUGCAGUGGACCACGGCCUUCCUGAGAUACAUCAAUAAAACAUAUGGAGAGACCUUCAAAGAGGAGUUUCAGAAAGUCUUCAUUCAUGAGAAAGGACACAUUCUUAAAUCCAGCUUUUCUUCGGGUCAGGACCUCAUCAGCAAGGAGAUAGAUAUGACACUGACUCUUCCUCUUCCAGCAGAGCAGUAAUCUCCUCAUUGGUUCAUACAGUACAUCACCCACACAUGAAUAUACAGUAUAUUAUAAAUGAACCCUUAGUAGUAGCUGGUGAGGUGUGACUAUUGGCUGGAGUCGGCAGUUAUGUGAUUAGAUAUGUGUUUUUGACUACAUCACAAUACUUUGUUUAAAUUAUCUCUAGAACUCACUGGAUCUGGAUUACUACACCUACAGAUACAGCACUUUCACACACAGGUGGCGCUGUUUCCCUUUGAAAAAGAACUGCGACAGUUCUCUCUGGGUAAUGCUCAUCAGCUAUUUUAUAUGCCUGAUUCAAAUAUGCACUUUUAUUUAAUACUUUUAAAACAUUUUUUUUUUGUUUUAUUCAUACAGAAUGUUCUUCAGUUUAAUAAAUACCAACAUCUGUUUUGUAUUUAUCUAUUUAAGAAGUUGGUCUAGAUAUAAGUGUUACUUCUUUGUGAAUUAACUGGGUCAGUGGAUUCAUAGUGUUUCGAGCAUGUUGCAGACUGUUCAUUUGAUAUGUAGAGAAGAGUGAUGUUUUACUGAAAAGUGGCUUUAUUUGUUCUUUCUUACAACAUGUCGCUGUAGCAUCUUACUGUACAUACAACAGUCACCCACAAAUAAUAAAUAGUAUUUAAAGUCA